GUCAUCCUUCACAAAUUUUAUUUCAUCUUCCUAUUGUCAUGUCAUUUCAUCUGAUGUCAUUUGCUUACGAGUCGCGAAUAAAUAUUCAAAAUAAAAUAACUAUGAUUAGAGUUAAUUUUAGUAAUUAGGUCAUAAUCUUACUUAAAUUUUAAGUAUAAUGUUAAUUUAAACUUAAUACAUUAGGGGCUAAAGAUUAUCAUAAAUAUUCAUGUGACUUAAUACCUUCAAGGUUGAACAUUUCGUAUCAAACUAUCAUGUUGCCUUCGGUAGCCGCUAAGUGUUUCUACAGAAAAUUAAGUAGACAUUCAAUUGAAAUAAAAAACCUGCAUUCGUUAUGCUUUGGAGCACCCAGGAUAUUUCGACGCGACAUUAUACGCGAAGGCAAGGAGCUUUGGAGAUAUGUUCACAGUUCAGCAUACCUGUUGGAUAAGACCAAGUCUAAAAAUGUUCCUGAGUCAGACAAAGUUGUGGCUGCGAAUGAAAAUGUCAAUAAAGUGAUAAAACAGAGUCCAACUGGCGAUAUUAUAGUCAAAACGGAAACUGAUGCACAUAAAGUAGUAACUAAGGUUACAAUUGAGAAACUGAAACCACCUGAUAAGCCAGGAGAAGUAUCUCCACCAAAACCAGUUAAGAAAAGACUUCUCAUAGAUUUCUCAGCAUCCUAUACUGAACGAAAUUUUAUAACUCCUAUGAGAGCCAUGACAGAGUAUUUGCUGAAGCAAUCUGAUUUGGAGUCUUUACCCAAAGUUCUAAGAAGGUCUCCAUAUGAGUCCGAACCUCCAAUAACAGUUUACUACCGCAAAGAUGUGGAAGCCAAGGCAAUUGAGGUUUGGGGAUCAAAGGAGACCCUUGAGAAGGAAUUGUUAAGAAGAGAAUUGGAUAGAAGAAGAUAUGAACAAGAUGUAUUUACUGUCAAAAGGAGGCUUAGAAAUUACAGAAGGGAAAUGAGCCACAAACGUCUUAAACAUGGAGUGGAAGAGAUGGGACUAAGAACUCGGUCUGGAAGGGUUGUACUUACAGCAGUUGGAAUAAACGGCUGUAACUUUUUAUUCAAACUUUGUGCUUGGCUAUACACUGGGUCACACAGUUUAUUCUCUGAGUGCAUCCACUCCCUGGCUGACACUGUGAAUCAACUAAUUCUUGCAUAUGGGAUACACAAAUCUGUUCAAAUGGCAGAUCCUGCUCACCCAUAUGGUUAUACAAAUAUGAGAUAUGUCUCCUCCCUCAUAUCUGGUGUUGGGAUAUUUUGUGUAGGAUGUGGCUUAUCUUUCUACCACGGAGUUACUGGAAUAUUGGACCCUCAACCCCUCCAUGAUUUUUACUGGGCUUAUUUCGUUCUUGGUGGCGCUGUAGUCUCAGAAGGCGCUACGUUAAUGGUAGCUUUGAAUGCUAUUAGAAAAGGUGCCAAGGAGGCCAAUACGUCAUUAUAUGAAUACAUAAUGCGGAGCUCGGAUCCAUCUGUGAAUGUGGUACUUUUAGAGGAUACUGCUGCCGUAGCUGGCGUGAUCAUAGCUGCAGGGUGUAUGGCUUUGUCCCAAUACUCCGGCAAUCCGUUAUAUGACGCUGUUGGUUGUAUCUUAGUAGGAACCUUACUUGGUGGAGUGGCCUCUUUUAUAAUUCUUACCAACGUAGGAGCCCUCGUUGGCAGAUCGAUACCGCAAGAGCAACUGGACCAAAUAAACAGCGUUUUGGAACGAGAUUUUAUGAUAAGAGCCAUUCAUGACGUCAAGGGCAUAGAUAUAGGCAGUAAUCUAAUAAGAUAUAAGGCUGAAGUUGAUUUCGACGGCAGAGCUCUGACAAGGUCGUACCUAGAGAAACACGACUUGAACGCAUUAAUAGAGGACAUGAAAAAAGUUGAAACUAUUGACGAUGUGGAAGCAUUCUUGCUGAAACAUGGUGAAAAUAUUGUAGAUAUGCUGGGCGGUGAGAUUGACAGAAUAGAAUUGAAAUUACGGAAAAAGUUUCCACAAAUCCGGCACUGUGAUUUAGAAAUACUUUGAAGUGUAGCAACGAAUAUAGAAACGUUAUUUCAUACAUGUUUAAGAGCUGCAGACUAGUCAAAUGACAAAGCUCAUUGCAAAAAGCCUACAAAAUUAAAAGCAGCUUGUAUCGUUAUAAUGUAUAUACAUUUUUGCUCAUGUGUGCAUCCGCGCAUACUUGAGCAUUUCUUUGGGACUGUACAUUUGUAAAAAGGUUUUGAAAAAAUCAAAUAAAAUAUACCAAACUGUGGUAUUUUGAAGAUAGCAAAGUUUCAAUAUAAUAAUAUGAAAAAUUAAAUAUUAACUUUAAUUUGCAGCAUUUGUCAUAUUUGAUAGAUAAAAGGUUUGGUAUCUAGUUAUGUUGGUCCUGGGUGUUUUGUGUCCUUAGUCGAAGUUAAGGAACCUGGCUUAUUUUACAAUCGUCUCACAAAUCCUCUGGCACAUUUUCCAAAGAAAGAAAUAAUUUUCAUACACAUAGGUUCCACAAUUUUAAACUAGUUUCUAUUGUAGAAAUGUAAUGUAGUCUGUAGUGAAUGUUAAGAAAUGGCUGCUUGCUUGGCUUCGUCUAGUUAUUUGUAAUGGUUAAAUUCUUGAGUCCCUAAUACCCGAAUCUAUAUUUUUAUAUAAAUAUCUCUUUAGUGGAGAUUAAAUCGGAAGAAACGAUCGUGAAUCUUUCAUUUACAUGUUUCUCGUAAACUAAACUUGAAUAAUCGAAAAAACAACCUCUGUUUAUAUCCAAAGGUAUACACAAUAGAGAACAUGAGGGAUUAAUUCCUGGUAUUAGAAUGCCCAUCAUUCUUGGCAUUGACGCCUAGGUAGAUAUACCUAAUAUAAUGAUUUUUAUAAUUUUAGUGACACCACUUUUUUGUGGAUCUCUGAGGAUAUAAACGGAGUUAAAGUGAUAUCAACGUUGAAACCAAGCAUAGUUAAAAUUUAGAUUGGAAGACAUUCCAGAAUAGUUGCCUCCUAG